AGCGCCUGAAGAGCCUGAGAAAGAAACCAGCGACCUGAGAGAGCUUCUAUCCCUAGGGCUCUUUUGCGUACGAUGACUUACCGGUAAAUAGGGAUUUUCCGAGUUUGAUGAUGGUGUUUUGGCUCUGUUUUAGUCGAACUUCUCUCAUUUCUAGUUUCGAAUUUCAAUUUUAGAUUGGAAGGAGGAUUUUUGACCGAAUACAAGUUGUUUGAGUCGCAGAGUAACUGUUCAUGGUGUUUUAAGUUCGUCUGAUUUGUUUUGUUUGUUUUUGGAUUUGAAUUGUUAUUUGGGGCUCGCCGACAUGUGGCACAGCCUCUGAACUCGAUUUGUGGUAGCUAAAGCUCUGUAACAAAUUACUGGUUACUGUUCCUCGAUUUGGGGAAGCUCUGAACUCGAUUUGUGAUAGCCGAUGUUCUGAAACGAGUUUUCUGAACUCGUUUUGUGGAAGCUUGAGCUCUGAAACGGGUGACUUCUUGCCAUAGUUGAGGUUCUGCUUCACCUGGGAGUGGAGAUGGUUAGAAAUAAACAGGGGCCAGGGGUUGCAUUUGCGGCUCGGCUGACUCGUUCAUCGUCCAGGUUUUCUGUUUUGGAAGAUUUAGAUGCAGACUUCCCUACUCUCCAUGCUGCAAUUUUGGUGAAACAGGCAAAUUCUGGAAACAAAAAGACUGAUGCGCCUAAAGUUACCCAACUGGAUGCUACUGAUGCUAUUAAUGCUGCGCCUAAUGCUACUGAUGCACGGUCAAACAAAACUGCAGAGAGUGCUCAACAGGCAGAAACGUUGGUUGACUUCCCCGCACCUGCUAAACCAGUAGGUCUGCUAGUGACUACCAGCACUGGUGCUAAACCGAAUCAAUUGUUGACUGCCCCAACUGCUAUGACUCCUACGACUCAUUCCAAAGAAGGUGGACAGAUUACUUUAACAGAAGGAAAAAUUGUUGAUGUGGAAAGAAAACCAUGGAACGAUAUGUUUAAGGACAACCGAGCCCCAACGCACGGCCUUAAACUGAAAUAUGUCCCACCCAAAGAAAAAGGACUAGACUUUGCUGAUAGAAUCUUUCCGUCUAUGAUCGAGAUGUGGGGUCACUGUCUCGUUGGAUAUUUCUCCGGUAGAUUCCCUGGAUUGAAAGCGAUUUAUGAACUCAAAAAUGAAUGGGGUGUGAAGUGCCUUAUUAGGUCCCAUGAAAAGGGUUGGGUUAUAUUCAAGUUUCAAAAUGAACAUGAUAGGACUAAAGUGUUGAAUGGUGGACCGUACUCCAUUUUUGGGAAACUACUUUUUCUUAAAGUACUCUCCGAUGAUUUCUCUUUUGAUGAUGAAGAAUUUUUAAAGGUGCCGAUUUGGGUUAAAUUCCCCAAUCUACCGUUAAUGCUAUGGAAUGAGGAGGCGAUGAGUGAAGUGGCGUCUAUGGUUGGUGUCCCACUAACUACGGACAAGGUUACCCAAGACAAGAGCAACCACAACUUUGCUAGAGUGCUUAUUGAAGUGGAUGUUUCCAAGCCACCACAAUUAUCAUUUCCUAUACGACUACCUUCUCGUAAGCUAUUCAAACAACACGUGGUAUACGAAGCAUUUCCUAGUUUUUGUUUUCAUUGCAAAGAGUAUGGACACCAUCCUUUUACUUGCAAAAUUCUGGCCAAGAAGGAGCUGACUAUAUCUGAACUUUCCAAAGCUGAUGCACAAGUAGGUGCACUGGAGAAAACUCCCAUAGAUGGUGUGCCUACUGGGACCUUGAUGAAGACUAACGAAAAACCAAGUGAAGCUUUAGAAGCUUUGGUACCUGCUGUUCCAGAGGUGGAAAUGCUGCAACCUGCUGCGCCAAAUGGAAACAAGACCACAAAGAAUUCAGUAAGAUCUCCUGCUGCACCUCCUUUUGCGCCACAAAAGGAUACACUACCUGCUGCCGUACCUGCUGCAGCAAUUCCUGCUGCAAUUUCUGCUGCAAUUUCUGCUGCAAUUUCUCAACCUGCUGCUGCACUUGCUGCUGUACCUGCUGCAGCAAUUUCUGCUGCAAUUCAACCUGCUGCUGCUCAUCCGCAAACUGCUGCAGCAAUUUCUGCAAUUCAAGUUGUCGUACCUGCUGCACCAAUCUCUACUGCAAUUCAACCUGCUGCUGCUCAUCCGCAAACUGCUGCUGGGAUUGACAAUGAAAUGGCGAUUGAAAGGGAUGCGCUUAAACUUGCUGCUGCACCUGUACCACAGGUUGCUGCCAAUGACACCGAAGGUGGUGCGGAUCCAAAGUGUGGUUGGAAACAGGUGUCCCAGCCGCUAACUGCUGCACAACCUGCGCCAGUUUUUUCAGGGGAGGAGGAUUUAAGCUGGCUGAGGAUUGUGCCUAGCUGCCCGGGAGAUAUUAUGUGCUGAGAAAGGUUGGCCUUUGGUUUGGCUUUGAUGAUGUUAUGAGUUUAGAGCAGGGGCCUUUUAUUCGAACUUUUUAGUGGGGGUUGUCCCACUUUUUGUUUUUGUGAUACAUCAUGAUCUUGGGGCCUGUCCCGAUAUUUACUAGUUUGAUGGUUUGGGAAGUUUAUAUCUAGGUUAGUUUUUUCUAACUUAGGUAGCUGACUAUGAUCUUUUGGACACAUUGUACGAUGUUAUUUUUGGGUGUUAAUACAAUUACCUUUC